GGGUUUGGUCAGACUUCAAGAUUCCAUCUUCACAUUUCGUAUUCAUCUGUUUCUCUUCUUCAGUUCUUCCUCCGUGGCAUUUCGUUUUUGGGCAUUCAAUUCUUGAGGAUAUUUCAGAGUCAUCGUUUCUGGGCAUUCAAUUCUUGAGGAUAUUUCAGAGUCUUGGCACUUUAAUCUCAAUAUUGAUCGGAACAUGGCUGAGAAAUCGUCUAUCUCAGACUUGAAGAACCUGUCUUUAACUAGUAAUGGAAAACCAGUAGAGAAAAACCAACAGCUAGUUGUAUGUUUUGGGGAAAUGUUGAUUGACUUUGUUCCAACUGUCGGUGGAGUUUCCCUUGCCGAAGCUCCUGCCUUCCAAAAAGCCCCUGGUGGUGCACCUGCUAAUGUUGCUGUUUGUAUUUCAAAGUUGGGUGGUUCUUCUGCAUUUAUUGGCAAGGUGGGGGACGAUGAGUUUGGGCGUAUGUUGGAUGGUAUACUAAAACAACACAAAGUUGACAACUCAGGCGUGAGGUUUGACCACAAAGCUAGAACUGCACUUGCAUUUGUUACUCUAACUGCAGAGGGCGAACGCGAGUUUCUCUUCUUCAGAAACCCAAGUGCUGAUAUGCUUCUUCAUGAAUCAGAGCUUGACAUUGAUCUUAUAAAAAAGUCUGCUAUAUUCCACUACGGUUCAAUCAGUUUGAUCGACGAACCAUGCAGGUCCACCCAUCUGGCUGCAAUGGCCAUUGCUAAAAAUUCCGGUUGUCUACUUUCUUAUGAUCCGAAUUUAAGGUUGCCUUUGUGGCCUUCAGAAGAGGCUGCCCGCAGUGGGAUAAUGAGUAUAUGGGAUCGAGCAGACAUCAUAAAGAUAAGCGAGGAUGAAAUUUCAUUCCUUACUGGAGGAGAUGAUCCUUAUGAUGAUGAUGUGGUCAUAAAGAAGCUCUUUCAUCCGAAUCUGCUUCUUUUGAUUGUAACAGAAGGUUCUGCUGGUUGCAGAUAUUACACUAAGCAAUUUAAGGGAAGAGUGAAUAGCAUUGCAGUAAAAGCAGUAGAUACAACUGGUGCUGGCGAUUCAUUUGUGGGAGGGCUACUCUCACAUUUAGCCUCAGACAUUAACCUCUACCAGGACGAGAAGCGGUUGAGAGAAGCACUUUUCUUUGCUAAUGCCUGUGCUGCCCUCACGGUAACACAGCGGGGAGCAAUACCAGCCCUCCCAACUAGAGAGGCAAUCUCCAGCUUCAUUUCAGAAAGGCAAAACCGUCUUUGCAGUGACCAAUGAUUUCACUUGGAGUACUACUAGUGAAAGUGUAGUUAGUCAUCCUGCUGGUUUACAUAAACCACUUGCUGCAAGUGGAUGAAGGCCAUUAUUAUUGCUUAAUGAGGCCAAGAGGAGGGGGCAAGUACUGUGCACCAUCACAAUCUCAAUCAAUUUCCUGCUUCUAUAGAUUGUAAUUUUAGUGCUCUACUGGUUUUAAGUGUUUGUUAUUAUUAUGGUCUUUUAUUUUUUGGGGGGCCAUGCGAAGUGCAUAAGCUCAUCUGUAAGAAACUGGUUGGUUUGUGUGAUUGUGCUCAAUUGCUAUGAUGCAUAUUCAAAAAUCAAAAGCUUUGUCUAACAAUCCCAGAAUUGACCUUAUCUAGUUAUUUCUGAUCCUAUAUUGUCUGAUCCAUACACUAAAGUAUCUGUUUGUGGAGGCCAAUA